ACAGAUGUAGCUGUGAACAUCACCGAGGAGGAAUGGACUCUGCUGGGCCCUGCUCUGCUCCAUCAUCAGAGACAUGAUGCUGGAGAACUGUAGGAACCUGGCGUUCAUAGAUUGGGUGACUCAACAUAAAACCAAAGACUCAACCCCUCAACAGGAUAUUCUUGCUAAAAUAUUUCAUAAAGCAAACGGAGUAUGUCUCACCAGUAACAGUUCCCAGACCUUCACAUUUGGAGAAGACUGGAAAUGCCACAAAAUAAAGGAGCUACACAAGCAAAGGCAGCAACAUUUGGAGCAAGUUGCAAUUGCCCAUGAGAAAGAUGAGUCUCCAAUUAGAAUUUGUGAAUAUCAUGGUGUGAGGGACCACUCUAAACCUAGUCCAAAGCUUGUGCCUACAUAGGGAGAUUGCACAAGAAAGUAUAUUCCAAAAUGUGACUCAAAUAUUGUGAAAUAUGAUCUUGUCUUAAACAAUAAUAAAAUACAUAAAAACAAUAAAUAUGAUAGAUUCUUGUGGCAGACGAUUCCACUGGCUCCAUGUGAGAACUCAGAGCUAGAAUCCAACACAUGGAUUGGCAAUCAGAACAAUGUGUGUCAUACCAUAAUACAGUUGAUAUGGGGGCAGGCAUUUGUGACUGGAAUCUAUUUGUAA